AUUGUUUCUACCUGUAAUUCAAAUAAAUGUCAGUAAUAGAUUAAGAUAAUUAGUUUAAUUUACCUUCUCUCCAGGUUCUGAAAAAUUAGAUAAUCCCAUAGAUGGCGAGUGUGAAGAUUGCCUAACAACUGCAGAGUGAUCGGAUACUACAAAGUUUCUGGUGUGAGAGCAAAGAUUUAUAGCUAUAUAUACUCGUUGAGUGAGGGGCUUUUUCCCCUUCUUCGCGCAGAGACACUGUUUGGUUUUGUUUUAUUCAGUGUUACUCUUUUAGGCAGAUAAGGCUUCACCCCUUGCACCGAAAACGUUCCGAUCUCUCUAUACUUCUGUGUUAUAAAACAAAAUCACCAGAUUCAAGGAAACACUGUAGUUUCGCCUUAAGUUUAUUUACAAUGUCGAUUAAUGAACUUCCAGAUGAUUGUUUGCUCACCAUUUUUGAUUAUUUGAAUAAUUUCAUUGAUUUAGCAAACUGCGAUAAAGUGUGUAUCAAAUGGAGUCAUUUAAUUGCUGAGCGAACCAAGAAAGUUAAAUAUUUGAUGGAACUUUGCCCGGGCCAUGAUUGCCAUUACUAUCGAGCAUUAAAAAAUGUUGACGGAACUCAUUUAAGCACAUUAUUUCCAGAUUUAAUGAUUUCUUAUAAUCUUGAGGAGAAAGAAAAACGCAAAGAUAAUUUUGCAUUGGGCAGAAAUCGAGAAUCUUGGCAAGGAUCAUUCGACACAUUUUAAGGACCAAUAGAAAAAUAUCGUUUUCAACUCAAAAUGGUAUCCUUCGAUUUAUUUGGGCCAAGCAUUCAACAUGGUUCCAGGAUAAAACAAUUGUUCCAAGUGGCAAGGUUAGAUCUAUUCAAAAAAGACGCGCAUUGUUUCCCAAAUCUUGAAAGAUUAAAUAUGCAAAACGUUGAAUCUCACUGCUACGAUGGUCCAGUAUUGGAAAAGCUUAAAAUAGCUGAAUUUCGCCUCAGGAGUAUAUUUCGAAACGCAGUUUGUUAUGAUUUCCAGUUCAUUGAUUCAUGUCCAAAUUUACAAAGUGCACAUAUUACCGUGGAAACUAAUCGCUUCUUUUUUGAUGGAACAUUAAAGCACGAAAGUUUGCAAGAUUUU